AUGAAGUACACUAUUGUUAUAAGGUUUACUAGCACAUCUUCAUCUGUUCAGAAUGUGAAAGACUUAAGUAUCCCAUUGUCAAUUAAUUUCGAAAGGGAUGAUGUUAAUAAGCUAGUUAAUGUAAACUGGUUGAAGGCAACUAUCAGAGAGAAAGUAAAUGUUUGUGAGAACAAGAGACUUAGGUUAAUUUACAAUGGAAGGGUACUAAAUGAAGCGACGAAUUUCCGGAAGGAUAUAUUCGAGCCAAAACUUAGACAACUGAAACUACUUGGGGAGCAGACAGAGGAAAAGAUAUAUGUCCACUGUGUUGUUGGAGAAGAGUUGACAGCGGAGCAAUUGGCAGAGGAAAACCAGCUAGACAAUAAGCCUCAACAAAGAACUACAGCUCCGGAGGUAAUAGGAUUCGAUCGUCUAUUGCAACAGGGAUUUUCCCAGGAAGAUAUCAAUGAUUUGCGGAGGCAAUUUGUUCUGAUAUAUGGAACCAAUUUACCGUCUAGAAGAACAGACCAGAUUAACGAUUUGGAGGAAGAGGAACAUGCUCAAAGUACAAUAAGACAAUUAGAAGAGAGAUGGAUAGAAUCAACGGUGAAUACUGCCGAACCAGGAAAUGCCAGUACUCCGGCUGCCCCCAGCGCUGAAGCUCCUUCCAACGCAGAACAACAAGCACCACCACAUCCACUGUCAGACUUGGAUGACGGGCAUGGGAACGAAGAUCUCCUUAUUGGACUCUUGGUGGGGGUAUUUUUGGGAGUUCUAAGCUUGAUAUUCAUCGUUGGAGAUGAUACCAUUUGCAAUAAACGACAAAAGAUGUCUAUCAUCGCUGGGGUUGUACUCAACUGCAUGUUUGCAAUAGUAAGAGGUUCAUGGAUUUGA